GAAUUGUGCACCGAUAGUGUGCGUUGCUCAAGAUACUUGCAAAGGCAAACCAAUUGAAGAUCCUAUACUUAUUAAAAAACUAUUAGAAUUAUCCGACAGCAAGACAGAGCAUUUGCUCGGUUUGUUACCACUUGUUCCUGGAAUGCCUGUUAUUUUAACACAAAAUAUUGCUAUUGAACUGGGUCUUAUUAACAGCAUGAAUGGAAUCUUUCGACAAUUAGUCUACCAGGCUGAUUCUGUAUCAACAAAUGCUCUGUCACAAAUAUUUCCGAACAACACACAGUACGUGCAUCGGCCUUUAUAUGCAUUAAUUGAAAUUAUCAGAUCGAAAAUUGAGUGUAAUCUUGAAAACCUUCAACCAAAACUCGUCUCAAUACCAAUAAUGGAACAAACAUUUCGUAUCGACAUUUCUGAUAUUCUUCCAAAAGACAAAAAGCCAAAACCCAAUUGGAAAGCAAUGUUGUCAAUUAAACGUCGUGCACUGUCACUUGUGCCUGCUUAUUCUAUUACCACACAUAAGAGUCAAGGUCAAACUUUGAAUAAUGUUGUAAUUGAUUUGAAACUGCCAAAUGAAACUGAUGACAUUGCCGCAGUUUAUGUACCUUUAUCGCGUGUCAAACGUUUGGCUGAUCUAAUUAUUUUACGGCAAUUCGAUUACAAGGUUUUGCUUAUCAAACCAAGUAAAUCUCAAAUCGCCGAAAUGGAAAGACUCGAUAAACUAUAUGUUGAUACUCAAACUCGAUUUUCUGAGUGGUUCUAA